AUGAGUGAAGAACAGUAAAACAAUAAUGUAAAUCAAUUACCAAAUUUGGUUAAUUAAAGAUCAAAUAGAAAUACUUCUUAGAUAGAUUUAAACUUUGUUUAAAGUAUAAUAUAAAUGAAUAUAUUAUUUAGAAAGUAAAACAAUACAAUCUGAAAAUUGGGAAAUGCUAUAAAGAGUUAAAGAAAGUCUAGAGAGUAAGGCAUUUAGUAACUUUUUCACAAGUUCUUUAGCUAAAUUACCUAAUUUUAAGAGUCCUUAAGAAUUAGCUAAAGUAUUAGCUGAUUAAUUUAUAUAAAAUGAAAUAAAAAAAGGUAAGAAGAGAGAAGCUAAAUCUGCAAUAAAAAUUUAAGUAUCUCAACCACAAACAUCAGAUAGUUUACCAGCUUUGAAAACUCCAUAAAUUAGGUUAGAAAAAAAUAAAUUUAAUUAAAUACGUUCAAAAAGUCGUGAUAAACUUAGAGAAUUGGAAAUGAUUAAAGAAUAAGAGAGAGAAAAAGAAUAAUAUAAUAAAGAGAAUAAUAAAUAAAAUGAAAAAAUUUUAAAAUAAAAAAACAAAUUAUUAUCAAAAGAUACUUAAAGAUAAAAAGAAUAAGAUAAAUCAUUUGUUGAAUAACCUUCCCCUCCAAUUAAAGUUUCUAAAAAUAUUAGACAUACAAUAUCAAUUAUGAAACUCUAACCUUCAACUCCUAUUGAAAUUAAUUCUUAAUCAUAACCAACUUUGUAUUCAUACUUUUUAGGUGGAGGAAAUAAUAGUGAAUUAAUAAAACGUGUAUUUGAUUAUAGACCAGAUUGGCAUUAGACUACUAAUACAACUAGAGCUAAUUUUAGAUGGUAAUAAUCUAAUCAUGGUUAUAAAUAUUUUAAAUUGAAUUGGCAUAAAUCUCAUAAAGAAUUACUCAAUCAUUUUGAAUUUCAUCCUGAAAUUAGUAAUAAAAAGAAUUUAUUAUUGAAUAUAUCAGCUGCCUGUGAAGUAAAAUGAAUUUUUAAUUAGAUACUUAAAUUGAAUCCUUUUGAUAUUACACCUGUAACUUUUGCUAUAGAUUUUACAGAUGCAUAAGUAGAAUCGAAUAUAUCUGCCUUUUAUAAUUUCUAUAAUAAAAAUGCACCAGAAUAAAAAUAAUUAAAUAAAUAAGAUUCAUAAAAUAAAUUGAAUGAAAUAAAAAAGAAACUAAGAAUAGCUCCUAGUAAAGAUAAAAAAUAAUUGGAAUUUCAAAUGAGAGAUUCAUUUACAGGUCCUGAUUAUUUAUGGCUAUUGAAACCAACAGGAUUAAAUAGAGGAAGAGGAAUUCAUGUGUUUUAAGAUAUUGACAAUCUUGUUGAAUUGUUAAUUGAUUAUUAAUAUGGUUAUCAUGAAAAAUAAAUAGAAACAUAUAAAGAUGAGAAUGGAUAAAGUCAAUAAAAGGUUGUUUAAUAUUUAUUGAAAACAUCAUCAUUUGUUGUUCAAAAAUAUAUUGAGAAACCUUUAUUAAUAAAAAAUAGAAAAUUUGACAUAAGAGUUUGGGUAUUUCUUAAUACUGAUAUGAGUUGUUAUUUUUUUAAGUAAAAAUUAUAUUUUAUACUUUAUUAGAGAAGGCUAUAUAAGAAUGGCAUCUGAAGAAUAUAGAACAAAUGAUGUAGAUAAUAUAUAUAUUCAUUUAACAAAUAAUGCAAUUUAACAGCAUAGUGAUAAAUAUGGAUAAUAAGAAUUAGGAAAUUAAUUAUCAUUUGAUUCAGUUUCUGAUUAUUUCAAAUCUAAAAUAGAUUUUAGAGGAUAGAUAGUUGAGAAAAUGAAAGAAAUGGCAUAUUUUGCAAUGAAAACAGUUGCUACUAAAAUCAAUAAGUUAAAUAGAAAAUUUUGUAUGGAGAUUUUUGGUUUUGAUUUCUUUUUGGAUGAACUCUUCAAUACUUAUUUAAUAGAAGUUAAUACUAAUCCUUGUCUUGAAGAAUCUAGUCCAUUAUUACAAAUGUUAAUACCAAGAAUGAUUGAUGAUGCCUUUGUUUUAACUGUCGAUUAGAUAUUCCCUACUUAAAGAGAUCUUGUAUCAAAAUUCCCUGUUACUAACUAUAGUGAUACUGAAAAUAUGUGGUAAUUAAUUGAAUAAUGAUAAUAGGUAAUUAAUGGGAGAAUUAACUGAAAUACAAGGAUGA